GCCGAGGAGUCGCUUGUGGUGUGAUCUCCCCCUACUGGAGGAUCCCAGCUAGGCAGUCCCGCCGGGCGACGCCUACCGGUUGCGCAAGGCCCCGGAAGAGGGGGAGGAGCUUGUGCACCCGACUCCGUUCGCUCGCUGCUCCGACCAUGGUGCGGGUUCUAAUCGUGGGCGCCGGCCUGACGGGCAGCCUGUGCGCGGCGCUUUUGCACAGGGAACUUCCCCACCGCCUCCUGCGCAUCGUGUUGUGGGACAAGGCGCGGGGCGCAGGGGGAAGAAUGGCUACAAGCAGCAGCGAUCACGAUCCGAACUGUAUAGCAGAUCUAGGAGCCCAGUACGUCACGCGGAUGCCCGAAUAUGCCCAAAAGCAUCGAGGCUUUUAUGAAGAUCUGUUGACUCAUGGAGUGCUGAGGCCUUUGACUGCCCCUGUAGAAGGAAUAGAAAUGAAGGAAGGAAUGGAGAAUUUUGUAACACCAAAGGGAAUUUCAUCAAUUACCAAGCACUAUUUGAAGGAGUCAGAUGCUGAUAUCUUUUAUAACCACCAUGUCACACAUAUCUGCCUCAAAGAUAAGAAGUGGGAGGUCUGCAUCAAUACAGGCUCCUCAGACCAGUUUGACAUUGUUGUUCUCACAAUGCCUGUCCCACAGAUUCUUCAGCUUCAAGGGGACAUUGUGAACAUAAUUAACCAAAGUCAAAGGCAGCAACUGGAAUCCGUGAGCUACUCUUCUCGUUAUGCUCUGGGCCUUUUUUACGAAGCUGGCACACAGAUUGAUGUCCCUUGGGCAGCACAGUACAUCUCCAAUAAUCCCUGCAUACGGUUCAUCUCCAUCGAUAAUAAGAAGCGCAAUUUAGAAUCACCUGACAUUGGCCCAUCUGUUGUUGUUCACACCAGCGUGUCCUUUGGAAGUCAGCAUUUGGAGUGGGAUAAGGAAAAGGUGCAGCAGCUGAUCCUAGACCAGUUGAAAGAUGUUGUACCUAGUUUGCCGAAACCAGCCAGCAUCAAGUGCCAGAGAUGGAGAUAUUCUCAGAAGGCCAGGGCAGCAAUGAAAGAAUAUCAUCUCUCUCUUCCACACCUUCCACUAGACAAUUCAUGCCCUGAAAAAGUGGGAGGGGUUAUUCAUGAACUUUCAAGAGGCCAAAAUGGCUUGCAAGCCAUUCCACUUUCCUGCAUCAGAAGUCAAGCUAACACAGCAGGACACUCUACUUAGGUUGGCUAGCACUCAGGGCAUGCUCUUGGUUUGAAAAGGCCCUCAGCAAGAUGUCUCUGAUGACUCUACCUGUGUGAGUUUCUGCAAGACCUGCUCCCUGCAUUUCUGGCUAAUUUCCACCUGGCCUGGAAGGGUGGGGCCCUGUCUCUCUCCAGCUACAAAAACAGCAACUGCUGAAGGGGCCAGAGACCAUCUGCCUGUGUGAGUUUCUGCAAGACCUGCUCCCUGCAUUUCUGGCUAAUUUCCACCUGGCCUGGAGGGGUGGGGCCCUGUUCCUCUCCAGCUACAAAAGCAGCAACUGCUGAAGGGGCCAGAGACCGUGUGUGUGUGUAUGUGCGCGUGAACCUGCUGCUCGGGAUGUCUAUAGACUACUGGGGUUAGUUGUUUUUUAGUUGUUUUUGGGGUCAAGAUUUAAUUUUGGAGAUUCAUUUUUGCUGUUAUUUGGACUACAGCAUAUUUUUGUUAGACACUGUUGUGAAGUGUGUGGGGAUUGCUUAAUUGUAUAUUUAUUGAGAUGUUUUCAUUAGUUUGUUGUUUAUUAUUAUUGUCUGGCUACUUAUAUACUGUGUAUAUUUAUAUUUCUUUGUUGUAUUAUUUCUCUGUUGUACACCGCCCAGAGAGCUAUGCUAGUCGGGCGGUAUAGAAAUUUAACAUAGAUAGAUAGAUAGACUCCUUUCCUAUGUCAUUGGAUUUAUCUGGUAGGAUCUGUGGAAGCAGCAGAAGGCCAUUUAAGCUUCCUGCAAUGUCCUGGGAUAACACUGUAGCAGGAGCAUUGUGGAAACUUAAAAUGAUGGCUCACAGACCCAGACACCAUGGCAAAUAUAUGUGCCAGUGGGCCCUUCCUAGGAGCGUGAGCCAGGUAUUGACAGGAGGCCUGUUGAAACCAACUGCCAUUUAGGUCCUCCUCUCUUGGAUCUGUUUCCUAUGUAGUUUCAUUCCAGGUCUGGCAUCACCCAUAGCUGAUGGGACCAUGAUAGAGCCCACCACUGACACCUGCUUUAAACCCCCUUGGCAUUUGAGUUUGGGGGACUGCCAUUUCAAUUUCCCACAGUGUCUUGGAGUGAUGCUGUGUUGAGGGCAUUGUGAAAAUUUAAAAUAAAGCGCAAGGGGUCCAAUGACAUGGAGGUCACUUUACCAGGGCAACCUCAACUCCAGAGCCAGCCCUUCAUCAUUAUGCAAUGCUAUGCAUCAAUUUGAUAUCUCCGUUUGCUUAUUUUCUUCUCCAUUUUUUUUCCAUUUUAUAUUGUGCCUCAUAGACUCGUAGAUUCCUGCAUUGAGCAGGGGAUUGGAGUUGAUGGCCUUAUAGGCCCCUUCCAGCUCUGCUAUUCUAUGAUUCUAUGCUAUGACUGUAAGCCAUUUUUAAAAAUUGUAAACCACUUUGUGCAUUGGCAGAAAGGCUCAAAUGAAUUUAGUCAAUGAAGAGUCACCUUCCUAUUUUUGUCUUGGCUCUGCAGCCUGUGUUCUUGAAGUUAAAAGAACAAAAACAAAUUAGAAGCCAAAGCCUUGACACACAUGAACU